GUGAUUAACAUCAUCCGAUUUGAAGACGUCUAAGAAAAAGGGCCUUGAGCGUCCAGUACCAGGAGGGAGAGGGAGGCUAUGGCAUCGAAAAAGGGCGCCAAGCCAAAGAAGAUAGCAGUCACCCCUCCAGUGGGGGACCCCGCUGCAGAAGUUGUUCAACCAACGAUACAGACAGGAAAGUUCUACUUUCCAAAUGGAGCCAUCUAUGAAGGGGAAUGCAUAGUGGAGCUUCCACCGCCACCCCCUGAGCCAGUAACCACCAAAGGGACACCGAAAGGAUCGCCGCGGAAGGCUCCGGGAUCACCGCGGAAGGCUCCGGGAUCGCCGCGGAAGGCUCCAGCUAAGGAAACACAAAAGGAACUCAUCAGAGAGGUGUUCAAAGAGGCAUACAAAGAGGGAUACAAGGAGGAUGUAAUGCCGCAGAAGGAUGGGGCUGGUCAGACUGAUCAAGAUAAGGAGAAGCUGCAAAAGCCAAAGCGUUUGCGACAUGGGAAAGGAAUCUACACAGAUGGGAAUUACUCAUAUGAAGGAGAGUGGAAGAAUGAUAUGAUGCAUGGACAAGGGGUUUUCAAAUUUGCAAGUGGUGCUGUCUAUGCCGGACAGUGGAACGACAAUCAGUAUCAUGGAAAGGGGAAGUUUACAGUAAGUACUGAGUUUGAAAUUCCACAAGAUGGGAUUGAAAAUUACAAGCAAUGAUCAAAUGUUCCAAAUCAGUUUAAACUUUAAAGUUUAAACUUUAAAGUUUAAAUCCU